CACAGUUUUAACUAAGUAAUUAUUGAAACACGAUGUCAAACUGCGAUCCAGCACAUUUCAGUGAGGAUGAAAGGGCUAAAGAGAUUUUACGAGAUUGCGACUACAGUAUUAAAAUAAACAAAGAGUUGGCGAGAAGUGGAAAGGCGCCAAGACAAAUCAGGGUGUACGCUGAUGGUGCGUUCGAUUUGUUCCAUGAGGGUCACGCAAAUGUCCUUCGUCAGGCGAAGAAUUGUUUUCCAAACGUUUAUCUCAUAGUUGGAGUGUGCAGUGACGCGACUUUGAAUAAGAUGAAGGGACCCACUGUCAUGAACGAUGAUGAAAGGUAUAAUGUUGUGAAGCACUGCAGAUACGUUGAUGAGGUGCUUAGAGACGCACCUUGGGAGCACAACGAUGCUUUUAUCAUGGACCACAAGAUAGAUUUCUUCGCGCACGAUGACAUUCCUUACAUCAGUGAAGGAACUGAAGACAUUUAUGGGCAUUUGAAGAAGAGAGAUAUGUUCGUUGCAACCCAAAGAACCGAAGGAGUUUCCACUUCCGAUAUCAUCACAAGAAUGGUCAGAAACUACGACGUAUAUGCUCGCAGAAAUUUAGCCAGAGGUUACACCUCCAAAGAGUUAAACAUCUCAUAUCAUCAACAGCUAUUAUUUAAACUACAGAAUAUAAUUGAGUCUAGGCAAGAUUUUUUCAGGUUUUGAAAUCAGAUGAUUGAAAAGUUUCUGAGUUUCUUCUUUAGAAAUAACAAUAAGUUACAGCAACAACAAUUAUCAAUUUCACAUGAAAAUUGAUUGUAAAUUAUUAUAACCAU